GCCGCCGCCGCCAUUUUACCUUCUGGUCCUGGCCGCACGGCGGAGGCUGUUGUAGGUGGGGGGGGGGCCCCGAACGAAGGAUCGCCCUUGUCCCUGUUGCCGCCGGUCGCCCCUCAUCUCGUUCCCUCUCUCGCCUUUUUAAAUUUCUUCUUCCAUCGCUGCUGUGCCAGCGCGGCCAUGUCCAAGCGGCACCGGUUGGACCUAGGGGAGGAUUAUCCCUCUGGCAAGAAACGUGCGGGGACCGAUGGGAAGGAUCGAGACCGUGACCGGGAUCGUGAAGAUCGUUCCAAAGAUCGUGACAGAGAACGUGACAGGGGAGAUAGAGAGAGAGAAAGAGAGAAAGAGAAGGAAAAGGAAUUGCGUGCCUCUACUAAUGCUAUGCUCAUUAGUGCUGGAUUACCACCUUUAAAAGCAUCGCAUUCAGCACACUCGACACACUCGACACACUCAACACAUUCAACACAUUCUGCUCAUUCAACACACACAGGACAUGCAGGACACACAUCACUUCCACAGUGUAUUAAUCCAUUCACUAAUCUACCCCACACCCCUCGUUACUAUGACAUUCUAAAGAAGCGGCUUCAACUCCCUGUUUGGGAAUAUAAGGAUAGGUUUACAGAUAUUCUGGUUAGGCAUCAGUCCUUUGUACUAGUUGGUGAGACCGGUUCUGGUAAAACAACACAGAUCCCUCAGUGGUGCGUUGAGUACAUGCGCUCCUUACCAGGACCCAAGAGAGGAGUGGCCUGCACACAGCCCAGGCGAGUUGCUGCAAUGAGUGUGGCUCAGAGAGUUGCUGAUGAAAUGGAUGUGAUGUUGGGCCAGGAAGUUGGGUACUCCAUUCGAUUUGAAGACUGCAGUAGUGCAAAAACUAUUCUCAAAUAUAUGACAGAUGGAAUGUUACUUCGAGAAGCUAUGAAUGAUCCCCUUCUAGAGCGUUAUGGUGUUAUAAUCCUUGAUGAAGCUCAUGAAAGGACUUUGGCUACAGAUAUUCUCAUGGGAGUUCUAAAGGAAGUUGUGAGGCAAAGAUCAGAUUUAAAGGUUAUCGUUAUGAGUGCUACUUUAGAUGCGGGGAAAUUUCAGAUUUACUUUGAUAAUUGUCCCCUUUUAACCAUCCCUGGCCGUACACACCCUGUUGAGAUUUUUUAUACUCCAGAACCAGAGAGAGAUUACCUUGAAGCAGCAAUUCGAACUGUGAUACAAAUUCACAUGUGUGAAGAGGAGGAAGGAGAUCUUCUUCUUUUCCUUACUGGACAAGAGGAAAUUGAUGAAGCCUGUAAAAGAAUAAAGCGUGAAGUUGAUGAUUUAGGUCCAGAAGUUGGUGACAUUAAAAUCAUUCCUCUGUAUUCCACACUUCCACCUCAACAACAACAGAGAAUUUUUGAGCCUCCUCCUCCAAAAAAACAAAAUGGAGCAAUAGGACGAAAGGUAGUUGUGUCUACCAAUAUUGCAGAGACAUCACUAACAAUAGAUGGUGUUGUGUUUGUCAUUGACCCUGGAUUCGCGAAACAAAAGGUUUAUAAUCCUCGAAUUAGAGUGGAGUCUCUUUUGGUGACAGCAAUCAGCAAAGCUUCUGCCCAGCAAAGAGCUGGUCGAGCUGGUCGUACCAGGCCUGGAAAAUGUUUCAGACUUUAUACAGAGAAAGCCUAUAAAACUGAAAUGCAGGACAAUACUUACCCUGAAAUUUUGAGGUCUAAUUUGGGUUCAGUGGUAUUACAGUUGAAGAAACUUGGUAUAGAUGACUUGGUACACUUUGAUUUUAUGGAUCCACCAGCUCCUGAAACUCUGAUGAGAGCCCUAGAGCUUUUGAAUUAUCUAGCUGCUUUAAAUGACGAUGGAGACUUGACUGAAUUGGGAUCCAUGAUGGCAGAAUUUCCAUUGGAUCCACAGCUCGCUAAAAUGGUUAUUGCAAGUUGUGACUACAACUGUUCUAAUGAGGUCCUAUCUAUUACUGCUAUGUUGUCAGUCCCACAGUGUUUUGUUCGCCCCACGGAGGCCAAGAAAGCAGCAGAUGAAGCCAAGAUGAGGUUUGCCCACAUAGAUGGAGAUCAUCUGACACUGCUGAAUGUUUACCACGCUUUUAAACAAAAUCAUGAGUCGGUUCAGUGGUGUUAUGACAACUUCAUUAACUACAGGUCCCUGAUGUCUGCAGACAAUGUACGCCAGCAGCUGUCUCGAAUCAUGGACAGAUUUAAUUUGCCUCGUAGAAGUACAGAUUUCACAAGCAGAGACUAUUACAUUAAUAUAAGAAAAGCUUUGGUUACUGGGUAUUUUAUGCAGGUGGCACAUUUGGAACGAACAGGGCAUUACUUAACUGUAAAGGACAACCAAGUAGUGCAGUUACAUCCUUCAACUGUUCUGGACCACAAACCAGAAUGGGUGCUUUACAAUGAAUUUGUUCUUACAACAAAGAAUUAUAUCCGGACAUGUACAGAUAUCAAGCCAGAAUGGUUGGUGAAAAUUGCCCCUCAAUAUUAUGAUAUGAGCAAUUUCCCACAGUGUGAAGCAAAGAGACAAUUGGACCGCAUCAUUGCCAAACUUCAGUCCAAGGAAUAUUCACAGUACUGAAUUGAGUGCUUUGAACUGAAGUUGUUCAGAGGACAGCUUUAAAAGAUGAAUGAACUCAAAGUUCAAGUUGUGCUCUUCACGUUGGUUCAAUAAUGGCCUUUAUUUGAAAGCUUUUUAAUUUUUCUUUACAGUAAAUAUUCCAUUCUGAUUUCAUAAAUUAAACAUUUAUGCCUCCCUUUUGUGUUGACACUGUAGCUCAUACUGGAAAAGUCGAUCAAUGUUUUGCAGUUUAUUGAAAGUAGUUCUAUAUAUAAAACAAUGUUAUAAGCAUUUCUUUAGAAAUGGUUGAAAAUGCUUCUAAAAUGUGAUUAUCGACCAUGGUAUGCAUGAUCGUUGUAAUUGUUGACAUUCCUUUUAGAAGUUGUGAAAUGUUACAACUUGUGCUUAUGUAGACACAAUCUUCAGUCUCAGUACAGAGACAAUGACUUCAAUAAAGUCUAUUUAUACUAA